AUGGAGGAAAUCCUGCGCAAACUGCAGAAAGACGCGUCCGGACACAAACACAAAGCCAUCCGCGACGCGUGCGUGUUCGCCUGCGAAACUCUGGACUCUCAGAAUGGAUCGGCCCACAUUUCCCCUUCACAGCUCCGGGAGCGCUGCCUGCUGCCUCUACAGAUGGCUCUGGAGUCCAAAAACACCAAGCUGGGACAGACGGCGCUCACUGGCAUGCAGAAGCUGCUGUGCGAGGAAAGGUUUGUGGGCGGAGCCAGCGUGGAGGUGGAGGUGCUGGAGAAGCAGCUGCUCAGCCAGAUGUUGGAGGCCAUCAGAGUGACGCCGUCUCUCCACGAAGACCUGCAGGUGGAGGUCAUGAAGGUCCUGCUCUGCAUCACCUACUCGCCCAACUUCGACAUCAACGGAGACUCCAUCCUGCGGAUCGCCGAGGUGUGUAUAGAGACCUACGUGUCCAGCUGUCACCAGCGUAGCAUCAACACGGCGGUCAGAGCCACACUGAGUCAGAUCCUGGGAGACCUGACGCUGCAGCUGAGGCACCGACAGGAGGGUGCUGACGGCGAUGAGGUGACUGCUCCGCCUCUGCAGAGAAGAGAUGUCUCUCCCACCAGCCAGGCGCUGUGUGAAGACGUGGUGACGGUCCUGACGGUUUUCUGUGAGAAGCUGGAGUCUGUGGACAGUGAGAACCAGCUCCUGCAGCUGCUCUACCUGGAGUGCCUCCUCUCCAUGCUCAGCAGCUGUCCUCCCACAAUGCACCUGUCCCGGGGUUUCACCGACCUCGUGUGGAAGCAGCUGUGUCCGUCGCUCGUGGCCAUCAUGGGAAACCCCGUCAACGACAAAACCAUCGCUUCUCACCACGGCCACACGGGGGCGUCGGAUCGAGACCGGCUGACGGAGAGACUCGGUUUAGGACUCGGCCAGGAGGCGGAUCCCUCCAGUGGAGGAGUGUCCGACCAAGGCAGGGGGUCGGGCUGCUCCUCCAGCGCCCCCGCCAGGAUCGCCCCGGUGGUGCGGACCGUGUGCUACAUCGCGGCGGAGCUGGUGCGCCUGGUGAGCUGCGUGGAGUCGAUGAAGCCGGUGCUGCAGUCGCUGUACCACCGGAUCCUGCUGUACCCGCCGCCUCAGCACCGCACCGAGGCCAUCCGCAUCAUGAAGGAGAUUCUGGGAAGUCCUCAGCGGCUGUACGACCUCGCCGGUCCGUGCAUGACCGAACCCGAAACCAGGAAACGCUCCUUCUCAAAGAGGAAGUCCCACCUGGACCUCCUGAAGCUAGUGAUGGACGGGAUGACAGAGGCGUGCAUGAAGGGCGGCAUCGAGGCCUGCUACUCCUCGGUGUCCUGCGCCUGCGCGCUGCUCGGCGCUCUGGACGAACUGUCGCAGGGCCGCGGGAUCCAGCCCGAACAGGCGCGACUCCUCCUGAGACGCCUGGACGACCUGAAGGACGGGACGGAGUCCACCAGGGAGUCCAUGGAGAUCAACGAGGCCGACUUCAGGUGGCAGAGGCACAUCCUGUCCUCCGAGCAGCCGCCGUGGGACCCCGGCUCCUCCUCCUCCAACACGGCCGCCACCGGCACCGCCGAGCGCAGCCCCGACAUCAGCAUCAGCAUCACCACGGAGACCGGGCAGACCACCCUGGACCUGGAGGUGGGGGAGCUCGGUCUGGGACCGGGACACACCACUCCAGAGGAGUGCGGGGAGGACACGCGCAUCCCGUCGCCCUCCUGCGGCGGCGGCGGUCAGGAGGGCGCCAAGCAUGAGCCGAGCCUCGGACCGGAGGAGGGGGGCGGGGGAGGAGGAGGGGGAGGAGGGAGGGGAGGCACAGGGGAGAUGGAGAGGAGAGCGGAGAAAGAGCGAGGAGGAGUAGCGGGCGCCGUCCCUCCGGAUGUGGUGCAGCGGAGUCACGGCCUGGUUUACCCCGACAUCACCAACUUCCUGUCUGUGGAGUCCAGGACCAGGUCGCACCACGGAGGGGGGUCGCGAUACAGUGAGAGCAACUUCAGCAUGGAGGAGCAGGACUUGUCCCGGACGGAGUUCGACUCGUGCGACCAGUACUCCAUGGCUGCGGAGAAGGACUCCGGACGCUCCGACGUGUCCGACAUCGGCUCCGACAACGUCUCCCUGGCGGACGAGGAGCAGCAGACGCCCCGCGACUACCCGGGCCACCGCUCGCUGCGCACCGCCGCCCUGUCGCUCAAGCUGCUCCGCAACCAGGAGGCCGACCAGCAGAGCGCCCGGCUCUUCGUCCAGGCGCUGGCCGCGCUGCUGCCCCGCCUCCUCGGCCUGGCCGCCGCCGCCGACGUGGACCUGUCGCUGCAGAACUUCUCCUCCACGUUCUGCUCCGGGCUGCAGGCUGGUGGCGUCCACUCCCCGGGCCUGGAGGCCGGCGACACGCUGAGCUGCCAGUCGCUGAUGAACGCAGACGGACUCUACCUGGUGUCGUAUUACGCUCUGCUGCUCAACCUCAAGCUCUGCUGCUGCGACUUCUACAGGCGCCGAGCGCUGACGCCCGUCCUCAGCCUGAAGGACUUUGUGCGUCUGAUCCAGAGCAGCGGGGUCCUGGUGGUUCUCUCUCAGGCCUGGAUCGAGGAGCUUUACCACCAGGUGUUAGAGCGCAACCUGCUGGCCGAGGCCGGAUACUGGGGGAGCAGCGAGGACCAGAGCCUGCCGCUCAUCACCAUGCUGACCGACAUCGACGGUCUGGGCAGCAGCGCCAUCGGAGGGCAGCUCGUCCGCAGAGCGUCCAGCCGCUCGCCUCUCAGCUGCGACACGUCGAGCAGCGACACGCUGACGGCAGGAGCCGUCUUCUCGCGCUUCAUCCUGACGGGCGUGUGGAAGAACCUGAUCGACGUUCUGUCCACGCCGCUGACGGGCCGCAUGGCGGGCAGCUCCAAGGGCCUGGCCUUCAUCCUGGGGGCCGAGGGCGUCAAGGAGCAGAGCCAGCGGGAGCGGGACACCAUCUGCCUGAGCCUGGACGGCCUGCGCAAGGCCGCCGCGCUCAGCUGCGCCCUGGGCGUGGCGGCGAACUGCGCCUCGGCUCUGGCUCAGAUGGCCGCAGCUUCCUGCGUGCAGGAGGAGAAGGAGGAGAGGGAGGCGGCGGAGACGGGAGACGCCAUCACACAAGUGAAGCAGCGUGUGGAGCAGCGUCUGGAGCUGAUGGCUCGUCCCGCCGGCGUCCGGCUGCACACGGCGCACGUCCUCUGCAUGGACGCCAUCCUCAACGUGGGCCUGGAGAUGGGCAGCCACAACCACGACUGCUGGCCCCACGUCUUCAGGGUGACGGAGUACAUCAGCUCUCUGGAACAUUCCCACUUCAGCGACGGCUCCCAGCAGCCGCCGUCUCUGGCCGCCGUCACGCAGAGCGGCGUGGACCUGGGCCUGGAGCCGAGCGGCGAGUCCAGCCCCGAGGCCGCGGAGCUCAGCCUGAGUCAGCCCGUCAUCCAGCCGCUGUCCAUCCAGGAGCUGCUGAGGGACGGGGGCCGGGGGGGCCGCGGGGCCCGGGGCCCCGACCUCCGGACCGGCAGUCUGAUGAGCGGCAGCGGAGCCGCCAAGGCCGUCUGCACACUGUCCACUCAGGCCGACAGGCUGUUCGAAGAAGCAGCCACCAAGCUGAACCUGGUCGGCCUGGUCGGCUUCCUGCAGCAGCUCAGGAAGGCUUCGCAGAGUCAGCUGUUCGACUCCGUCACCGAAACCGGAGAUUAUUCACUGGCAAUGCCAGGAGAAGCCCGGUCCACUCUGGACCGCCGCAGCGCCCUCCAUCUCUUCCGUCUGGGAGAGUCCAUGCUGCGGAUCGUCCGGAACAAGAACCGGCCGCUGCUGCACAUGAUGCGGGCCUGGAGCGUGGUGGCGCCUCACCUGGUGGAGGCGGCGUGCCAUAAGGAGCGCCACGUGUCGCAGAAGGCCGUGUCCUUCAUCCACGACGUGCUGACGGAGGUGCUGACCAGCUGGGCCGAGCUGCCGCACUUCCACUUCAACGAGGCGCUGUUCAGGCCCUUCGAGCACAUCAUGCAGCUGGAGCUGUGUGACGAGGACGUGCAGGACCAGGUCAUCACGUCCAUCGGGGAGCUGGUGGAGAUGUGCUCCCCUCAGAUCCUGUCCGGCUGGAGGCCUCUGUUCAGCGCGCUGAGGACCGUCCACGGCAGCAAGACGGACACCAAGGACUACCUGCUGGGGGAGUACUCCAUGGGGAAGUCCCAGGCGCCGGUCUUCGACGUCUUCGAGGCCUUCAUCAACACCGACAACAUCCAGGUGUUCGCCAACGCCGCCACCGACUACAUCAUGUGCCUCAUGAAGUUCGUCAAGGGUUUAGGCGAGGUGGACUAUAAGGAGAUCGGGGACUGUGUCCAUGCGUCGGGCUCCAGCUCCACUGAUCUCUGCCUGCCGGCUCUCGACUACCUUCGAAAGUGUUCUCAGCUUCUCGCAAAGAUCUACAAGAUGCCAUCCAAGCCGGUCUUCCUGGGCGCCCGGCUCGCCAGCCUGCCCAUGAGGUCCCAGGAGCGCUCCAUCAGCAGUGAGGACGGCAUGGACUGUGUCCUGCAGGAGUUCGACGACGACACGGGUCUGAUCCAGGUCUGGAUCCUGCUGCUGGAGCAGCUCACGGCAGCUGUGUCCAACUGUCCUCGACAGCAUCAGCCUCCAACCCUGGAGCUGCUGUUCACCCUGCUGAGGGAGGUCACCACGGUGCCAGGUCCGGGGUUCGCCAUCUUCUCCGUCAUCCAGCUGCUGCUCCCCGUCAUGUCCCUGUGGCUGCAGCGUAGCCAUGGCGACCACUCCUACUGGGAUGUGGCGGCAGCAAACUUCAAGCACGCCAUCGGCCUGUCCUGCGAGCUGGUGGUGGAGCACGUCAACAGCUUCAUCCACUCCGACAUCGGCUACGAGUCUCUGAUCAACCUGAUGCUGAAGGACCUGUUCAAGCUGCUGGUCUCCUGCGUGUCCGAGCCGGCAGAAACCAUCUCCAGGGUGGGCUGCUCCUGCAUCAGGUACGUGUUGGUGACGGUCGGUCCGGUCUUCACCGAGGAGAUGUGGAGGUUGGCCUGCUGCUCUCUGCAGGACGCUUUCUCUGCUACACUGGAGCCUGUCAAGAACCUCCUGGCCUGUUUCCACAGCGGCUCUGACAGCUUUUCCGGGGACGCCUGCGAGGUGAAGGUGGCGGCGCCGUCUCACUCGCCCUCAGCCGAGGCCGAGUACUGGAGGAUCAAAGCCAUGGCCCAGCAGGUCUUCAUGUUGGACACCCAGUGCUCUCCGAAGACGCCCAGCAACAAGGAUGGCUUUGAGCACGCUCAGUCCUGCGUCCUCAUCAUUGAGCUGCCGACCGACCAGCAGUCCAACGGACACACUCAGAAAAGGAAAAUUGGGAUCCCCUUCCGGACCAUCGUGGUCAGUCUGCUGUCCCACCAGGUUCUGCUCCAGAACCUCUAUGACAUCCUGCUGGAGGAGUUCGUAAAGGUGCCCGAAGGUCACGAACGGGUCACGCCAGUGACCUCUGACCCCGGCAGACCCGCGGCGGGAUUCCUGCGCUACAUCUCCAUGACCAACCUGGCCAUAAUCCUGGACCUGCUGCUGGAUUCGUACAGGACGGCACGGGACUUCGACACCCGGCCGGGUCUGAAGUACCUGCUGAUGAAGGUUUCGGGGGUUUGUGGAGCCGCCAAUCUGUACCGACAGUCGGCCAUGAGCUUCAACCUGUACUUCCAGGCCCUGCUGUGUGCCACGCUGAGCCAGGCCGAGGGCAUGACGGCACAGCAGGUGAAGCGGAUCCUGUACGAGGAGGAGGUGGGCAGCUCGGACUCGUCUCACCCCGGAUCAGCGUCCUCCGAGGACGAAGACAUCUUCGAAGAAACGGCUCAGGUCAGCCCCCCCCGGGGGCGGGACAAGCGCCACCCGUGGCGAGCGCUGGUGCCGUCGCUCAGCGUUCAGCCGCUGGGCGGCGCCGACUGGGCCUGGCUGGUCAAGCGCCUCUACAAGCUGUGCGCGGAUCUGUGCAGCAGCUACAUCCAGAUGCACCGCGACCUGGAGAGCACGCUGGAGGAGGCGGCGCUGCUGCGAGGGGGCGGGGCCGCGGGAGGCGCCGGAGGAGGGGUGGCGGGGGAGCACAUCUUCUUCCUGCCUCUCUUCCAGUCCGAGACGUCCACGCCCACGUCGGUGGGCGGGUUCUCGGCGAGGGGGACGCCCUCGGAGGAAGGCGGGUACCGGUGCCAGACGGCGGACGUGAGCGUGGCGUCGCCUGGAGACACGCCCACCCCGAGUCCCGGCUUCAGCUGCACCGGGAGUCUUCCCCACCACUUCCGGACCGGCGGCGAGAGGAGGGACUCCAGCCUGAGCGGCAGCACCGUGGGGGGGACCCCCGGCAGCUCGGGCCCCGGGCGCAGGAAGGAGUGGUGGGAGAGCGCCGGGAACAAGCUGUACACCAUCGCCACGGACAAGACGCUCAGCAAGCUGAUGAUGGAGUACAAGCGCAGGAAGCAGCAGCAGCAGCAGCCGCAGCAGAGCCACCUCAACCUGUUCAUGAAGGAGCAGGGCCGGGCGGCCGGGGGCCCCGGGGGGCCCGGGGGGGCCGGCGCCGCCGAGCGCAGGGGCCCCGCGGAGCCGCAGCGGCCCCCGCAGAGGCCCCAGCAGCUGGUGGACCAGCAGGGGCCCCCCCUCAGGCACUCGGUGAGCGCCGGGCCGGAGGUGCUGAGGCAGGAGAAGAGGCCCCGGUCCGGAUCCACCAUCAGCUCCCACAGCAUCUCCCUGAGGGACUCCGAGGCCCAGAUCCAGGCCUGGACCAACAUGGUGCUGACCCUGCUGAACCAGGUCCUGGUCCUGGGCGACCCGGCCUUCCUGGCCCUGCAGCCGGCGCUCUUCCCCUGCCUCAGCCAGCUCUGCUGCCACGUGACCGACGCCCGGGUCCGCCAGGCGCUGCGCGAGUGGCUGGGCCGCGUGGGCCGGCUCUACGACAUCGUGCUGUGAGGGCCCGGCUCCCCGCGGGGCCCCUGGGAACCUCCCGUCCCGCUCCCCCCUCUUGGCUGAAAUUUGCAGACUCUUCGUGUUGGUGCAGUAUUUCUCCUCGUCUGUCGACUCCUGCGAGCUUCUGCUGUUUUUCUCUCGUCUGCUUCGAAAUGAAAUGAUUCCCCUCCACCUCCCCCGUCCUUAAAGGGACAGUACACCUUUUCCAAAGUUUAAUCCCUUUAAAACAAAAGCAACAAUCAUGAUCUGAACCAGUCGACGCUGCGGUCCAGCUCCACAGGGUGCCUUCAGACAGGGAAUCCCAUCAGAUCCAGAGCCGGGCUGCGUUCACACUCCUCAGAAACCAACAGGAGCGUUCACACCAAGACGGAGCCCAAGCCUCACCGCUCACAUUCAUUCACAGGUUACAAUUUUAGAUUUUAGGUUCCAUCAGGUCCUGAAAAAACAGGUUUUUUCCCCUUAAUUUUCAGUUUGUCCUUAUCAUGAAAGAACUUUUGUGAAUGUAAUCGCAGCGUUUUGUUCUUGACCAGCGAUCUGUGACCUCUGUGACCUUUAGGACCACCAGAGAAUCAAAACAUGUUCAACAUCUGGAAUGAAGAAAAACUCAAAGUUCACUCAUGAAGAGUCAUCGAGACACUUUAAAUCUCUUUUAUGACAUUUUCAGCUUUUGGAGCCACUUUUAGAAAGGUUUCUUCUUUUUCCAGAUAGAUUUUCUUACUGCAGUCAUUUCAUGUUUCUUGGCUUUUUUAGCGGUUUUUGGCAGUUGUGUUUCCAGAAGGUUCAAGCUGUUUUACACAGGAGCUAUUUUGCAUUUUGUCAUUUUCUAUUUUUUCCUCUUUAUUAAUAUUUUCUUCUUUUCCUCUUAUUUUCUACUUUUUUCUUGUUUUUUCCCCUUUUUCAUAUUUUUUCUCUUUUUUAUUUAAGAGAUUCAAAAUCAUUCCUUGUUUUACCUUCUUUAUCAGGUUUUAUUCUGGAGGUUGAACUGUUUUUGAACUAAAAAUUAAGAAGUUCUUAUGUACAUGGCACAUUCCAAAAGCCUCACGGAGCCGCCGGUUGCAGACUUCUGGUCUGGAACAAACACACCAGUAGAAUCUGUCAUUAUUCAGUUUUGCUGUUAUUUUGAAGCACUUGAUAAAUUUCUUUGCGUGUUGAGAAACUUCAGACGUCCCGUUGAUUUAACAAUCGU